AUGAGGACAGGCCCCAGGUGUGAUAAUUAGGUGUGAAUCACGCUACACUGAUACUUGAAUGGAUACUUUCACGUGGACGGUAUUUUUCUUUUUCUGAUUAAUAAUGGCUUCAGUGAAAGUAGCAGUGAGAGUCCGUCCAUUGAGCAAACGAGAAAAGCAGUUAUCAUCGAAUGUGAUCGUUCAUAUGAAGGAGAACACUACGUAUAUUCAUAAGCCUUCAUCUAUUCAAGGCGACCAACAGAAGGAGGGAGGAAAGACCUUUUCAUUUGACUACUCAUAUGAUUCAACCGACAAAGCAAGUCCCACAUUUGCAUCCCAAGAAAGGAUUUUUCAUGACCUGGGGUCUGAUGUCCUAAGAGCAGCAUUUGAGGGUUUCAAUGCUUGUGUGUUUGCAUAUGGUCAAACAGGCUCAGGAAAAUCUUACACCAUGAUGGGACAUAAAGAAGAUAAUGGUUUAAUCCCAAGGAUUUGUGAGGGCUUUUUCAAGAAGAUAUCUCAAAGAAGCAAGAGUGAUGCUGUGUCCUUCCGUACAGAGGUCAGCUAUUUAGAGAUCUACAAUGAACGUGUGCAGGACCUUCUCAAGAGAACUACUACAUAUGGUGGAGGCUUGAGAGUGAGAGAGCAUCCCAGGGACGGGCCCUAUGUGGAGAAUCUUUCCAAGCACUUGGUCCAUAACCACAGUGACAUGGAGAGCCUGAUCCUUCUUGGCAAUGCCAAUCGCACCACAGCUAGCACCAGCAUGAAUGAUGUUAGCAGUCGCUCCCACGCCAUUUUCACCAUCAGCUUCACCCAGGCAUGGUUUGAUGAGGAAUUGCCACGUGAGACCCUGAGUAAGAUCCACCUGGUAGAUCUGGCAGGCAGCGAGAGAGCUGAUGCCAUGCGCAACACAGGCACCAGGCUGAGGGAAGGUGCCAACAUCAACAAAUCCCUGGUCACCUUAGGCAGUGUGAUCUCUGCUUUGGCUGAUCUUGGUGUUGGAGGGCAGUCAACAAGAAAGAAGCAAAUCUUUAUUCCUUACAGACACUCUGUUCUUACAUGGCUAUUAAAAGACAGCCUUGGUGGAAACUCUGUGACUACUAUGAUAGCAACCAUUUCUCCUGCUAAUGUGAACUACGGGGAGACCUUGAGCACUUUGCGCUAUGCCAGCCGAGCUAAAAACGUAGUAAACACUCCUGUGGUGAAUGAAGAUGGCAACGUGAAGGUGAUCAGAGAGCUGCAGGCAGAGGUCACUAGGCUCCGAAGGCUACUGGAAGAAGCCAGUCAGGUUCCCCAUGGGGAGCAGUCUUCCUCUUUGAAGGUAGAGGAGGAGCUGCAUCAAAAUGAGUCAAAGGUUUUUGCACUGACCAAGGAGUGGACCAGCAAGUGGAGAGAGACUCAGAGUGUUCUGCAGGAGGAGACUGUGGCUCUGAGGAAAGAGGGGAGUGGAGUGGUCUUGGACUGCCAGCUUCCUCAUCUGAUAGGCAUUGAUGAAAAUCUACUCAGCACUGGCAUCAUCUUAUAUUAUUUGAAGGAGGGAAGAACCCUGAUUGGGAGUGACAAAGCACAUAGUGUGCUUCAUGGGCUCGGCCUCUGCAGUGAACACUGUGUGCUUGAGAACCGUGCUGGGACCGUGACGCUGAUCCCUCAGGAUGGCGCGCUGUGUUUAGUCAAUGGCUCUGUGGUCACUGGUUCCUGCCAGUUAACUCAGGGUGCCAUCAUACAGCUAGGAAAAGGAACCAUGCUCCGGUUUAACCACCCCACUGAAGCUGCCAGCCACGCAAAGAAACGCCAGAGUGGGCUGCUGUCUGCUGUGAGCCUGUCCUUAGCUGACAUGUCCAGAUCUACUGAGACUCCAUCCAAGGUGAUGCUGCAAAAUCCAGGUCUGGAUAUGUUGGCUGCAGAGACAGUGGAGUCCAAAGUGCCAAGCAACUGUUCAACCUUGAUGGCAGACAUAUCUGGGAAAUAUCCUGUACCUGACACAAGUCUUGAGUUGGAUAGAGACCCACUACAGGGUGGGGUGAGCACCAGGGAUGGCAAGGAGCAAGAGAAGGACUUGUGUCAUAAAUCAAGCCCAGGCCCCAUGUCUGAGUGGCCAUGGAGGAAAGCACAGAGUGAGGCUCAAGCUGCAAGCUAUAAGGGAGAGGAGGCUUGGUCAGGGGAUGCCAGCCUCCAGCAGAUAAGUGUCCUGGGCUCAAGUGAUGGAUGUGGCAUGAAGCCAGAGGGGAAUGCUAACGAGAUCCGAGGUGUUGUGGCUGACUGCUACAAGGGGAGACCUGGCUCUAGUGGGAGCUCAUUAGGCAGCAUGUCCCACCUGCAAAGCAGCAGAGAAACUAGCUCCAUGCCUGUCCUCCCACAGACCAGCAGUCAUUUUCAACUCGACAGAAAACCUCUCGGCAGUCGGGUGGCCUGCUCUCUACCUGAGGAAACUACCUUCAAGGGCCAGUUCAACUGUGGAGAAAUGGCUGAAUCCAAAAGUUUAGAGGAAAUCCCAGGAGUGUGUGUGAGAGAAAAUGAGGCAGCCACAGUUCAAACAUCAGGGCUGGGCUCUUUGGUCAGCAGAAUUUCUUGGAUUGUCCAGGAUGCAGGGCGUCUCCUUUGGAGUUCUCCCCAAAUACUGCAGCAAGUCAGGAAGGAGGGAUUACAGCCUGUUGGAGCCCGCUGGUCCAGUCACGUUGUGUCACUGGUCAGAGAAAGCAAUGUUCUGUCUGCAUUGAAGGACAGUCAGGUCUUCUCUAUGGUUAAAGGGAGUUUCUUUUUCUCUCUGUUCAAGGAUAGUCAUAUCUUUUCCUUGGUGAAAGAAAUGCCUCUGGUGCAGCACAUCCAGAUGGUGAUAACUCAAGACCAGCAGCCUGAUGAGGCAACUCAGACCAUCCAGAGCAUUAAAUCUGAGACCACACAACUCCCAGGCCUGACACCAACACAAACCUUUAGCAACACAGACGAUGAUGUGCCACUAAUCCUAGAGGAUAUUUGGACAAUGGAUACAAGCACUGGGGAGCUGCAGUUGCAGCAAGGGCAAGACGUGGCUGAUAUUCAUGCAAAACAAGGAGACAACGUGGUUGCAAUGCUGUUGCCAUUGAAAUGCUUCAGUGAGCCAGAGGUUACCCUGGCACCUAGAAACAAAGACCAGGCAUUGGAGAACGUGUGGCCUGUGCAGAACAAAAUGGAUAUACAAAUCUCCAGUCAAACAUUGAUAAAAGUUCCUGAUUUCUUUUCAAACAUGCAAACUCUUCCAUUCCUAGACACGAUGGAUGAUUUACAGUCUAUCAUCUCCACCUCACCGUUCACUGCUCAGAGGAUUGUAGCUUUCUAUUGGAUAAAUGUAGCUAAAUGCAGCCAACCUGAGCCCUGUCCUGCUCUCCUUAUCCUGGUGGAGACUGGCCUCUACACUCUGACCACUGAUUCUGGGGUCCUGGUUCUGUUCCAUCACCUCCCCUUGUUGCAGCUGAAGGAGGUGCAGAUAGGCUUAGGAGGCCACUCUUUGCGUUUGAUGGGCACUACAGAGGAGAGCAUUCUGGGUGUCUAUACCUACAGCCAGAAGCUUACCAAAGAGCUGUGCUGGGCCAUACUUGGUGUCAUCUGCCCUGGGGACAGUAGGGUCUCCGAGCACCCACUGCUCCAUGGAGACUUGAUGAAGAUGUCUCUAGACUGGCAAUCCUAUGUACCUGACCUGCUGCUGGAUGCUGGUUUGAGGUUUUGCUGCCAGUUUCAGAAGAGUCAUGCUGAUCUAGUUUACCUUAUUCACUGUAACACUGACCAGUCACAAGAAACAGUCAGUCCUGGAGAAGUACAGAUACUGCUGUACACAAGUGUAGGGGUGUGCAUCAGCCCCAGUGCCCAGUCCAGGCCUCUGGCCCAGCUUUUACUUACUGAUACCCACCUUGGCUUGUUGCAGGAAGAUGCUGUGUUUCAUCCAACUCCACAUUCUGUCACACUAGUGCCCAGCCGACCCCAGUUCCAUGACUUAAUGCUUCGUCAGCGCUCAGAUAUACGUUGUGUGCUAAUGCGUGAUGAAAACAAGCAUGGAGCUGUCAGACUGGAUGUAAUCCUAGGAAAUGUCAGGGGUAGGAGUCACCCUGAAAAUGUGACUAAGGCAGCUACCCUGCCUGCACAUGCUUCAAAUUUAUCUCCACAUGCAGAAGUGUGGAAAUUAACUUUCAGCUGCUCCUCUGAGGCCGCCUGCCUGAUUAAUCACUUGUCAAAUGUCUGAUCAAUGACUGAACAGCCCUGCUUGGAAACUCACAAUGGCAAAAGUGCAUUCCAAUCAGAUGGUUCAAAGGACAGCUUCACUGUUGAAUGGCAGGGAAUACUAUGACCUACUUCCACGUUUCUGUAUUGUUCGUUUUAUGUUACAUGACUUUAGCACUUUCAGAUUUUAAAACACUUCAAUUUCUUUGCCAAAUAGUAAAGAACAAACACUGUACGUUCAGAGGUUGUUGGUUUAAUGUGGAUUGUUUUAAACAAUCAGGGGUUUGAGGUUCAGUACUGAGGAAUAAAAACAUGUUUAUACUAGUUUCAUGGGAAAUGUAUUUAAAAGAUUUUAGAUGACCAAUGCGAUCAAAUUCUCGCUGCCAUGGUUGUGUUCAAGCUACCAGUUUUAGAUAUAAAAAAAAAAAAUCUAUUAAAUGGUUGUCAUUUGUACAAAUAAAGGGAAGGAAAUCCACUGCUGCUCUAGAGUUUUGU